CCGGGAUGAGCCGUGGCGGCUGUUAACCCUACUCCGCCAGCCAGUCAGAAGCGGUAAAGGACAGCCCACCAAGGAAUUCGCAAAAAGUAGCUGUGCCGGUCGAAUUUCCCCCCAUCUUUUUGAAAAGCCCGGUGAACACCGCGAGAAGGUAUCGCACUCCAUCCUCCUCAGCAGCACAAUUGAAGCCCUCAGGACCUUCAUAGCCAAAUCGCAAAAAUGGCUGUUCCCGGCACCCAGAUUUCCAAGCGCAGAAAGUUCGUCGCUGAUGGCGUUUUCUACGCCGAGCUGAACGAGUUCUUCCAGCGCGAGCUCGCUGAGGAGGGCUACUCCGGUGUCGAGGUCCGCGUUACCCCGACCGUCACCGACAUCAUCAUCCGCGCCACCCACACCCAGGAGGUUCUCGGCGAGCAGGGCCGCCGCAUCCGUGAGCUCACCUCGCUCAUCCAGAAGCGCUUCAAGUUCCCCGAGAACUCUGUCUCCCUCUAUGCCGCCAAGGUCCAGAACCGCGGUCUCUCCGCCGUCGCUCAGUGCGAGUCCCUCCGCUACAAGCUCCUCAACGGUCUUGCCGUCCGUCGUGCCUGCUAUGGUGUCCUCCGCUUCAUCAUGGAGUCCGGCGCCAAGGGCUGCGAGGUCGUCGUUUCCGGCAAGCUCCGCGCUGCUCGCGCCAAGUCCAUGAAGUUCACCGAUGGCUUCAUGAUCCACUCCGGUCAGCCCGCUAAGGACUUCAUCGACUCUGCCACCCGCCACGUUCUCCUCCGCCAGGGUGUCCUCGGUAUCAAGGUUAAGAUCAUGCGCGGCUCUGACCCCGAGGGCAAGUCCGGCCCCCAGAAGUCUCUCCCUGACGCCGUCACCAUCAUCGAGCCCAAGGAGGAGCAGCCCGUUACCCAGCCCAUCAGCCAGGACUACGGCGCCAAGGCCGCUCAGGUCCAGGCUGCCGCUGAGGCUGCCCGCCAGGAGGAGCAGGCCGGUGAGGAGGAGGCCGCUGCCCCCGCCGCUGAGGAGUAGGAUAACCUC